GACACCCUGCCCACGGUCAUCCCAAGCUGGGAUUUAAUCCAGGCCCUGACUCUGGACUUCAGACUCUAACCACUGCACUGUGUGAGUCCCAGUCUCCUCCUCCGUGCCUGGCUGUGCGGGCUGCAAGGAUCUGGAGAGGAGCCCUGCACAUUCCUGCCAAUCUCCGGUAUACUGAGCUCCCGCCAUGCACCAGGUGCUGGGCUGGAGCCGCAAAUGCGGACCAGCCAGAUGCUGCCCUGCCCUUAGGAGGGGUGGGGGGCUCAGUUGGGGAAAACCUUAGACCAGGUCACACAGAUAAUCCUGUGAUUGCACACUACUUAAUCACAGGUAAUCAUGGAAUUAUCUAGCAAUUACGUAGACCAGGGUUCUGUGAGAGAGUUGGGAUGGGUAUUUCAGCCUUGACAUGGUGGCCUGGGCAGUAUUAUUAGCUAGGACAAGUGAGAAAAUGCCACGCACUAGCCGACUGCUGAAAGAGGAAUGGUGAUUAUAAAGUCCAGAGAAGCACCAGCAGGUAUGGCUGGAUCCAGGGGCUCUUUGUGUUUCUGUGCUUUCCACUCUGUUGGCCUCACUCUCAGGGUGUUCUCUGCUCUCAGGGGUGAGUGGUGAGGAGAGGACAACAGCUCUAGGAUGUUACGGCACCAGCGUUCCAUCUUCAGAGAGCAUAGCUUCUCUUUGUCAGCCAGUCUAACCCAGAAUUGUUCUUUAUUGAACCUGUCAUGUGGCCUGCUGGAUUGGAAUUCACUGACUGGGAGGAUCUGGGGCACAGGCCUGGGGAGGAGCAUGAAACUCCCAGAGAACAGGGAAGGGGUGGCCCACAAAGGACUACUGCAGGGAGAGAGAAAGGAAGACUGAGCAGGUGAAAACCAGGCAGAUUUCCCCACAGAGAGGGACCCUGGAACCAAGGUAGGAACAGGCCAGGCCAGAGGGCUGGGGAGGAAGUCUGAGCAGGAGGAGCAGCACAUGCACAGAUCUUCAGAUGCUCAAAGAAGCCAAGAAAAGCAGUGUGGCGAUGGGGGGCAGGGGCCCCACCACUGCCGGAGCCUCUGACGGGGUAGGACUUUCUAAGCUGGGAGGGGGCAGAGGUGUUAAGAGUGAUCUGAGUCAUAUUUUAAGAAGCUUGGGCUGCAAGGGGACCCGAUUGCAGACGCCGUCCUCCCCAGGUGUCCCCCUCGCCCCGGGGUGCCCCCCUCCUCCCUGGCGCUCCUCCCCUCCCCACAGGGCUCUCCCAUCUUGCCUUCGUCUCCACCCCUCCCGGAGCACCCGUGCUCUUCCCCUGCCUACCACCUCCCUACCUGUUCCUGCCCUCGGCACCCCCUCCUGUCUCACCUAGUCCUUGCUCCCCACACCCCUCGCAUUGCCCCUCACACCCCUGCGUCACCUCUGGCCCUCCAGCCUCCUCACAGGGGAGCAGGGCCGCGUGAUAGUGGUAAAAAUAACUCUCUGACAAUGUGUGAAUGGAGGGCUGAGGGAGGAGGAGGGAGGCUGAGCCCCCACUCUAGGGAAGGACACCCUUGGGGUUCAGGAUGGGAAGGUGCCGCCCUAGGAGCCCCGCCCCUUCCUCCCCCCCCUUGAGUUCAGCCCCCUCGAGGCCACAGUCUUGCUGUCAGCAUCUCCUCUCAGGCACACACCCAGCUAGCCAGACCAGGCGGAGGAGCUCUCUAGAGGUCCCGGCUGCUGCCCAAGAAUCCCCUUGGCACCCUCAGUGAUGCCUCUUUGCGCUUUCUCCUUGGCUCAGUGUAUCCCCCUCAUCUGCAGCCCACAGGGGCUUCUCUGAGUCCAGGCCUUCAUGUCUGAGCCAUAUGGCGGGCACGGCGGCAGAGAGCCGGGGGCGGCCGCAGCGGCUGCCCUGGGCAUCCUCGAGUUCACACUUCUUUUUGAUGCGGACAACAGUACCCUGCACUGCACGGCUCACUGUGCUAAGGGCCUCAAGCCACCAGCCUCAGGCUCUGUGGACACCUAUGUCAAAGCCAAUCUGCUGCCAGGGGCCAGCAAGGCCAGCCAGCUGCGGACACGCACGGUUCGGGGCUCAAGGAGGCCUGUCUGGGAGGAGACACUCACCUAUCAUGGCUUCACUCACCAGGAUGCCGGGCGCAAGACCCUGCGGCUGUGCGUGUGUGAGGACCCACGGCUGCGGCGACGGCGGCGGGCGCCCCCCCUGGGGGAGCUGCGAGUGCCCCUGAGGAAGCUGGUUCCCAACCGGGCCAGAAGCUUCGAUGUGUGUCUGGAGAAGCGGAGGCUGACCAAGAGGCCCAACAGCGUGGACACAGCCCGUGGCAUGUCCCUGUAUGAGGAGGAGCUGGAAGCGGAGGCGGCUGGGGAGGAACGCGGGCGCAUCCUGCUGUCACUGUGCUACAGCUCUCAGCGGGGUGGCUUGUUGGUUGGGGUGCUGCGCUGCGCCCACCUUGCCCCCAUGGACACCAAUGGCUACUCGGACCCCUUUGUCCGCCUUUUCCUGCAUCCGAAUGUGGGGAAGAAAUCUAAGUACAAGACCAGUGUUCGGAAGAAGACCCUGAACCCCGAGUUCAAUGAGGAAUUCUUCUACGCAGGCCCAAGGGAUGAGUUGGCCCAGAAGACGCUGCUGGUGUCUGUAUGGGACUAUGACCUGGGCACAGCUGACGACUUCAUUGGUGGGGUGCAGCUGAGUAGCCGGGCCGGUGGGGAGCGCCAGCGGCACUGGCAUGAGUGCCUGGGCCGCAGUGACUGCCGGCUGGAGCUGUGGCACCCGCUGGACGGCGUGCCCCUCCAGCUCAGCGACUAGCAGGGGCGCCCGGCCUGGUCCUGCUCAUUGCCCCUCCCCCACACUGGCCCUAGAAGCCCCCACGGGGCUGGGAGGACCUGGGGCUGCCUUCCCCACCUCUCUAGUCAGACUGUUCCCUCCUUUUCCCCCUUUCAAUUCCCCUCACUGCCAAGUCAUGAAGGAAGAAUAAACCUCUCCUCCAAACCAGA